GAAAACCAGGUCCGGGAGCAAAGCCCCAUCCAGGUUUGCAGCUGGGUGAGCAGGGGAAUGAAUGCGAGUGGCUGCAGGGAGCCGAGCACUGCCCAGCACUUCCAGCCAGCACCACCGGGCUCAGCCGAGGGCACCGGGCAGGGCCAGGCGCUGGGCAAGGCGUGGGGCUCUAGGGAAGCUGUCCGUGGGGGCAGCCCAGCACAGCAGGUCAGGGAGCCCUCUGUGCCUCGGGAGGCAGCCAUGGGCUGCUGGAGGGUCCCCGGCCCCAUACUGGCCUUGCUGCUGCUCCUGUGGCCACCACCCUCGCCAGCCUGCCCGUCCGCCUGCCGCUGCUCCCCGGGAGAGGUGGACUGCAGCGAGCGGGGCCUCCGGGAGGUGCCCUGGAGCCUCUUGGCCAACACCAGCACCCUGUGGCUGGGCUACAACUUCAUCACAGUGCUGGGGCCACGCUCCUUCCCUCUGCUGCCGGGGCUGCGGCUGCUCAGCCUGGUCCACAACCGCCUGGAGCUGAUCCACAGCCGGGCGCUGCUGGGGCUCGGGGCGCUGCAGGAGCUGGACCUCAGCCACAACCACCUCACCGUGCUGACCCCCGAGACCUUCCUGCCCCUCACCAGCCUGGCCACGCUCAACCUGGGCAGCAACAGGCUUGGGGAACUGGAGCCCGGGGUGCUGGAUGCCUUGCCCCAGCUCCAAGCACUUUUCCUGCAGGACAACCCCUGGGUGUGCAGCUGCGGCAUCCUGCCCCUCUGGCGCUGGCUCAGCUACAACAGGGAAAAAGUGCGAGAGAAGAGUUUGCUCCUCUGCAGAGUUCCGGAGCAGCUGAACAAGUAUCCAAUCAUGGCUUUUGGGGAUGAGUCAUUCAGGCAGUGCCAGGGGACCUCUCUGUCCCCCCAGCACUACAUUGCCUUCUUCAUCAUUGGACCCUUCUCCUUCAUUGCCAGCAUCUUCUUCUGCACCUUCAUUGGCUCCCUCAUGGUGUUCUACCACAACCUGCGCCGGGAAUCCCAGUGCUGGAGGAGACCCCGCAUUUGCAGGGUGCACUGAGCUGGCUCUGCCCUGGGCAGGCUGUGCUCCAUCCACGCCCCUCUCCAGCUGCCUGCACCCACCUGUCACAACCUCAUCCCUGUGGACCAGAGGGAGGAAGUUCUGUUCCUGGAAUUGCUUUGGGUUUUUUCAGAGUCCCCCGAGAUGGUGGUGAGCUGCCUCUGCCAGGGGGGAGCAGCCUCCAGCUCAGCUCCCUACAGGGCAUGGGCUGACCACAAAUGCUCUCAGUGUUUUGGGAGGCUCCCCAGGGCCACCCUUGGAUCUGCAUAUCCCCUUUGUGAGGGCACCCAGGUGAUCCUUCUCCCCUUGUCCUGCCCCCUGUGCUGCCCAGUCCCUUCAGUGUUCAUUUAGGAUGCCCCAUUUAGGAUGCACCACUGUGCCUUUAGGUGCUUCCUGGGAGUCCCUGUGUGCAUCCCAGAACACACCACAUUCCUCUUGGUGCCUUUCAGGCCACCCCAGGAGUCACCAUUUGGUGCAGACCAGGAGCCUCUGUAUGCCUUUCAGUUUGCUCCUUGGGCCUUUUGGUGCCUCCUGCACCCUCUGACUGCUUUCAGUGACCGCAGCAGCCUCAGUGCUUUUUUUUCUGUGUCCUCAGAACUCCUUGGCUUGGCAUUUCCUGCACCCAAAUGCCAUGUUUAGCUUCUGUGUCCUGGCAGCCAUUGUUUUCCUUUUAGUGUACCCCAGAGCUCUCCAUGUGCCUUUUGGGGACUGGUUGCAAAAAGCUCCUUUUGAUAAGUUUUUUUCAUUAAGUCAGGAAUGCUGGUGCUGAGAAGGCUCAGCCAACAACCAAGAUCUAGGGUGAGGCUGAAGUUUAGGGUGAGGACCAGGAAGAGCCUUGAGGUGCCACUGAUGUGGUUCGGCAGAGGAGCUGCCAAAGGAUGGGUGAGGCUGUAGUGGUUUCUCUCUCAAUAGCUUUUCCCUAAGCUACAGCUCACCUCAAGCCAAGGCAUAGGGUUAGCUCAGUGCUGGGAGUGGGGUCAAACAAGCCCUUUGCAGGGGCCCUUUACAGCAGCCCUGGCUGCUGCCUCACCUCCCAUCACCCACAAAAUGGGGCUGGGGCUGCCUCUGCACCUCCCUGCCCUGCUCACUCCUUCCUUUUCCUGUGGAAAUGCUGCUGGAAAUGCUUAGUGAGCAUGCUGGGAGAUGGCCUGGAAGGAUCUGGAACUGUGCUCCAGGAGAAAGCCACAAGCUGGGGUGACAAAACCAUCUUUCUUUGUUUGGUCUGAUCCCUUUGGUCUGAUCUCUUACCCACUGCAACAUGAUCAGCGCCACAAUGAGAUGCUGUGCCCACCAGCCUUGUUCACUCCAUCUCCUGCCUGUGCCAGAGCUGGGACCUGCCAGAGAUGUGGCAGGAGUCAGUGCAUCCUUCAGCAGGCUCUUGGCAAGGGUUCAGUAAAUCACUCAAAAAUAAACCAUAUGUCGCCUCAGUGGUGGCUUGCUCCCAUUUUUAUUAUCAAGAGGGAAACCAGCCCCAUGUGCUGCCACAUGGCCACUUCCUCCUCUGCUGUGGGGCAGAGGGUCUGCAGGGAGCUGCUGAAGGCAGCAUCUGCUCCAGUGCUGCCAGCCCUGCACCUGGGAGGGCUGCAGGACCUCUGCCAGGAUCGUGGCCUUGCCUUUCCCAGGAGCAAUCCCAGUUCUCCCAGACUCUCUCUAGAGAGCAUCUAGCUAUUCCCAAGAAGGUCUGGGCUUCCCAUUUGGAGCUAGGACCUUGUUUGUCAUCCUGCACAGCCACCUGAACCCUACUCCUUCCCUCAGACCAUCCUGAGGCUGAGGCCCCAUGAGGCUGGGCUGGAGGUCUCAGCACGUGGGGAAGAUGCUGUGCGUGGGUGAUGUUGCUUCAGUUCAGCCUUGGGGGACCUUCCUAUUUUGGAGAUCACUUGAUGGAUUUCCCUAUGGAUGGGCUGAUGUGUGGGGGCUUCCCCAAUGCCUUCAUCCCUGCAUUCCAUCCCCUAUUCCCAAAGGCUAGCCCCAAUGGCCAGGCCCCAGGCUGACUCCCAGGAGAUGGGGAGCCCAGCAGUGGCCUGGGACUGUUUUCUGCAGGAUGGAGGUGGGACAGGGCCAGCUGCCAUGGUUCUGGUGUUUGGACAGCUCCAGACUGUCCCCAUCCCCUCACUGCAAGGCCUGUGCCCCACCCUGGCUGCCCAGGUUCUCUGUCACCUGACUAUCCCAGAAUGGGGAUGCCCUUUCCCUCCCAGUCUCCUCUACAGCCCCUGGCCUUUCUACCUGCUGGUUUCUCCAUCCCUUCCUGUCCCUCCACUGUUGGCAGACCCUGCCACAGGGUUGGGUGAGGCUGUGAUUCACUACAGGGCUCCCUGCCAGCUUUGCCAGAAGUCAGAGACAGAAAGAGGCACACAGCUCUGGAAUAAACCACUUCGUGAUCCAGUCUAGACUUUACUGAGCUCUUGCAAAAACUUGGUAUUAAUGUAACAUUGACGUAUAAAGUAGAAUGGGUCCGAUUUCUCAGCUGGAGCUAGAUGAACUUGAUGGAGCCACAGCAGUCAGUGGGACGAUGCUCACAGACCUCAGCUGCCAUGUGAAAAUCCUGUCUGGGGGCUGCUGGGGCAGAGGGAAGGCGGUUCGUGCCGCUGGGGCUGGGGACCACGUUGCGGGUGUGUUU